GUUUAGAUCACUACUGCGCGAGAUCCAAAGAAGACGUGCCUUCAGCUUCCCAAAUACUGCUCCGAACAGAUUUGGGACCCUAUAUCGGUCGCCUUCAGAUCUUCUUCCUCUGACCCCGAGCUCCGCUCCCUAGAAAUAGGUAUUAUAUGAUAUGAUCGCCUACAAACGAAAUGGAUAAAUUCCAAGCUCCUAUGCUCUGGAGCAUCGAUUAAUCUUCCUGUAGGCUCAGUGUGCGCCUUGUCUCCCAGGCAAUACUCAUGGGAAAAGGUGUCAGCCAAGAAUGUGUCGAAGGAGAUGAUGCACGUACGCAUCAAAUACGUCCGGUAACGCCUAUCACACCCGUGAAGUGCAUAUCAUCCAGCUACAAGAAGCUCUUUCACGAAUUGCCCUGGGAAAGCCCUCAGGGUUCACCGAGGUCCGUCGCUGCAAGCGACCAUUCGAACACGCAGUCGCCUCCGUCAUCCUGGAGUAUGCCAUCUCAGUCAGAAUCAUCUAGCCAGCAGGGUACUGCUUGGAACCAGGCUUCUUCCACCGAUCGCGCUAGUCCAUCCAUGUCUAAUCCGUAUAUUUCGAGUCAAUCUCGGGUCCAACAUUCCUCAUUCCUAAACGAUGGUCAAACGAGGUCAUACCACCUUGAUGUCGUGCAACAUCCCCAAAGGACCGCGGAAUUUGGUUCCGCUAGUCUCUCCCGUUUGCCACUAGCUCCGCCAGUAGUCGUGCAGCUCACCGUACGCGAUCGCUUUGGGAAUUCCAUUAUUCCUGAGAUGGAGCUACCAUUCUUGAUCGCCCACUUGUCCCUGUUCACGGAUGAUGGCUCACGGCCGUUGGACAUGGGCACCUCACCAAACGGAGAGGCACCUCCGCGGCGCUUGCUUUACGGAAACCUAGUUUCGUCACCUCAGAAACUGCGCGACCUUCAGGGCCGUCUUGGAUUAUAUUUUCUGUUCCCCGACGCGAGUAUACGUUGGCGCGGCCGCUUCCAGCUCGGGAUUUCUCUAUUGCGGAUAUCAGAGACCAAUGCUUCUGGUGCUAUGAGUAUUGCAUCUCAGGGGACUGUGCUUGCACAGACUCGCACACGGUCAUUUGAUGUCUAUGCCCAUGAAAAUUACGUCGCACCGCCCAUUACACGCUUAACGCAAAGCUUCCUGAGACAGGGCGCACGAAUCCAUGCUUUCACGCCAAACGGUCCUUAGACCCUAGAAUUUGCGUUCGGACUUUCCGAUGCAUGUUAGUCACCUUCGCACAACCUUCGCAUUUUUUUUUAGUUUUCGCUUUCCGCUGUAUAUCAUAGUCGGUGCACUCAUUCGACCUUUCCACACUAACACCUGUCUCUGCUAUUUCUUGUCGCUGCAUGCUCUUGACCUGCUGACUGCAUAUAUCAUCUGGCUAUAAUUGCAACACACGUUGAAGAGAUAAGUUAGAUUAUUCAAUUAGAGUUUGCAUGCUGCACUGUUCAA